AUGAUUCACUCACAGAUGGAAGACUCACAGUACGAGAUCCGGCAUCAGGUGCUGAAUCCGAACCAGCGCCAACAGCUCGAGGAUAGGCGUCGCAUUAAGGAGCAGUUGCACCAGCUCGAGCAAGACAACGAAUCUCCAACGCACAUGUACCGCCGUAAGCUCAAGAUUGCGACAGAUGUCAAUCUCCUCGACCAGCAUGACUCGUUCUACCAUACCACCAGGAGCCUGCUGGUACUUUUCCAGAUCAUGGGCGUUAUGCCGAUUAUGCGCAGCCCGAAAGGUAUCGAUAUGCCACGCACCACAUUCACCUGGUGCUCGAAGGCGUUUCUUUGGGCGUACUUCAUCUAUGCUUGCGAGACAGUGAUCGUGCUGGUAGUGGCCAGAGAGCGCAUCAACAAGUUCAUCUCGACCAGCGACAAGCGAUUCGAUGAAGUGAUCUACAACAUCAUCUUUAUGUCGAUCAUGGUGCCGCACUUUUUGCUCCCCGUUGCCUCCUGGCGCAAUGGGUCUGAGGUGGCCAAAUUCAAGAAUAUGUGGACAGAUUUUCAGUACAAAUAUCUCAUCGUCACCGGCAAACCGAUCGUCUUUCCGAAGCUUUAUCCCAUCACAUGGGCACUGUGCAUCAUCUCGUGGACGCUGAGUUUGGUAAUCAUCCUGUCUCAGUACUACCUACAGCCAGACUUUCAAUUCAGUCACACGCUAGCGUACUACCAUAUUAUUGCAAUGCUCAACGGUUUCUGCAGCCUCUGGUUCGUCAACUGUACCGCUUUUGGCACGGCAAGCAAGGCCUUCGCUAAAGAGCUGACAGACGUACUGGCCACAGAACGGCCGGCAGCGAAACUGACCGAAUACCGACACCUCUGGGUUGACUUGAGCCACAUGAUGCAACAACUCGGAAAAGCGUACUCCAACAUGUACGGCAUCUACUGUUUGGUGAUAUUCUUCACUACCAUUAUCGCCACCUACGGUGCGCUGAGCGAAAUUAUCGAGCACGGCGCAACGUAUAAGGAAGUGGGUUUAUUUGUCAUUGUUUUCUAUUGUAUGGGUUUGCUGUUCAUAAUUUGCAACGAGGCUCAUCACGCAUCAAAGAGGGUCGGACUAAACUUUCAGGAACGGUUACUGAAUGUUAAUUUGACCGCGGUCGACAAGGCCACCCAAAAGGAGGUAGAAAUGUUUCUCGUCGCUAUCGAUAAAAAUCCCCCGACAAUGAAUCUCGAUGGUUAUGCCAAUAUAAAUCGCGGACUGAUCACAUCGAACAUUUCGUUCAUGGCCACGUACCUAGUCGUCCUGAUGCAGUUCAAACUGACAUUGCUUCGACAGAGCGCUAAAAACGCUUUUAUUUCAUCUUUGAAGGCAAAUCUCUCACGAAUUCGAACAAUCGAGGCGGGGAAAAACAACACCUGA